UUUAGUGAAGAGGAUGACCUUAAUCUUGCCCUAGACAAAAGCCCUACACCAUUCACCAACUCAACAAAAAAGGCGCCAUAUCUAAAGAAGACUUGUUUCAGAAGAACAUUCUCUUUAAAUUUAACCAGCUACAAUCAGUCACAGGCGCUAACUGUUUCGCAUAACAACCACCAUCAUUCUAGCCAAUCACCAAUUACGCCAACCUUUCUCACCAAUACUAUCCUCAUCCGUGAUUCCAGAUCUCGGCCAGUGUCCAGCCAGGCACAAAGCCAUCAUAUUUCUCCGUCAACACUUAACAACAUUAAUUCAGAUACCCAGUAUUACCAGGACCCAGACGCAUGCCUUAAGCUGCAACAUUACCUAGCAUCCCCAUACAAUUUUAACGAAGCAAUCGAGCUAGGAUUUCCAGCCCAAGAAAACAGGGAUAUCACAUCAGAUCAACAAAGCUCUCCAAAUCCCAGCUUCAAGUCUCAAAAAAUCACAAAAAAGCCUCUGAAAGUUAGCCAAGGUACAGAGAUCAGCACAAGUACCAGAAAUAUCUCAGGCCUCGUACAGCCCUCCUGCAUAUUAGAGCAUUCUGUCCCGUGCAACAAUCCCACCCUAAAUAACUCUCAGCAGACUUGCACCGUCAGCCUCAAGACUAAUAUACACCCAAAUCUAAAAAGGCGCGAACUAACGCUGAAAAUGAUAUUAACGCGGCCGGAUCUUCGAGCAAAUUCUUGGAAUACUAUUUCUCAUGUUAUAGAUAUUCCCCAGGCCAUCAAAGCUACAAAACCACCUUCAGCAGAGAGAGAUUUUCAAAUCCAGGAUUCAGAUAAUAAAAGACAAGGAAAGAUCAACAAUCUGUGGUGCAAGCUUCAAAUAUAG